AUGUCGUCCAAUCCCUUGACUUCUCCCUCACAGUCGUUGGCCGCACACUUUCCGGAGCGGACGGGUGGCCCGGCGUGGACGCGACAGGCAUCUGCGAAUACCACUUGGACGCUUCAAGGGCUCUUCCUGACCGACCUCUGGGAGGAGCCGCUUCACACGUGCAGCCGCACCCGCGAUCGCCUUGGCUAUAUUGACUUCGGCAUGGUGAUACCACCCAUCCGCGCUUUCGUGUACUCCAUGCUGCUCCCCUACGCCAGUUACCCCAUUGCGCUGGUUCAUCUCUAUGGGUUUUACCGCUGCACUCGGACAAUGGUCUUUCCUAAAUACUACAAGCGGCAGCGCUACUCUGAGCGCGUCAUGUACGGUGUGCAGAAGCGCGUGUACAACGCGCGAGUGAGACGUAUUUUGGAGUCGCAAAUCGAUGACGUUCAGGAAAUUCAGCACGCCCUGGAGGUGGUGGGUUCGACACGUAAUCAGUUCGUGGAUGACCCACACCACAAGGGCACGGCCUACUUUGUAGUAGAGCAGAAAAUCAUGAAGCCGGAAGCCAUCUUCACCGGUGAGAACUGGGCCUGGGCCUUCAUCUCGGACACCUGCCGCUACGUCACGCCAGUGCUCUUCGCGUACCUGUUUCACCCGUCAUGCAAACGUUUGACGGUGGACUGGCGGCUGUGGAGACAGGGUCGUCUUCAGUGGCGGCAGGUGCGCCACCCUAUUCUCAAUUUCUUUAAGACGUACAAUGAAUACAAUCUAGCGAUGCGACGCAUUAACAUUACGAAGCCUGCCCCCAAGGGUGCCCAGCCGUGGAGCCGCAACCUCUGA